CAAUGUGAAUACUGUCCAAAGAAAUUCCUUUUUAAAACUUCCUGGAAAGUUCAUAUGAGAACCCAUACUGGUGAAAAACCAUAUACCUGUGAAGUUUGCUCCAGAAGUUUUUCAGACAACUCUACCUAUGUUAAACAUCUCCGAACCCAUACCAAAGAGAAACCUUACAGUUGUGAUGUUUGUAAUAAAUCAUUUAGUCAAUCUGGAAAUCGAAAUCGUCACAUUAAGACCCACAAUUCC